CACACGCACACGCACACAUGCGGACACACACACAUACACCAGCUCACACACAGACACAUUCUCACAGGCUGCUCAGACUGACAGCGGCAAACGGGCAGAGAAAGAAAGAGAGAGAGAGAGAGAGAGGGCAAGAGAAAGAAGAGGGUAGGAAUCAGGGAUUUAUCUAAGAAAGAAGAAGGGGACGGAGGAAUCACAGUGCCAGAGGACUUGUUUCUCUCUGUGCACUUUGCUGCACGCUCAGACCCCGGAGCCACACAGGGAGUACGCUCCUGGUUCUUCUGUGCUUGGGCCUCUCUGGGAAUGUACCUGCACUUAGCAAUGUCGCUCCGUCCGACACCGAGAGGGACAGCUUCCCUUUUACCCGGAUCUCCAGGCUGCUGGCUUCUAACUCUCUGCAUUGCACUGGCAUUCUGUCCCCUGGGUUCAGGGUUCAAUCUGGACACUACAGAGAUUGUUGCAAAGGAGGGAGAGGAGGGAAGUUUUUUCGGCUUCUCUGUAGCACUUCACAAGCAGCUUACUCCGGAGCCACAGAGCUGGAUCCUGGUGGGGGCACCUCAGGCCCGUAGCCUCAAAGGCCAGCGAGUCAGCCGUCCCGGUGCUCUAUUCCGUUGUCCAAUCAGUUCUGAGGAGCACGACUGUAUGCGAGUGGACAUUGAUGGCGACGUGAAGACUGACCGUGAGAACAAAGACAACCAGUGGCUGGGUGUGACCGUCAAGAGUCAGGGGGUUGGAGGAAAAGUAGUGACCUGCGCCCAUUUGUACGAGCUCCGGCAACGUGUCCACCAGCCCUCUGAGACCCGAGACCCCAUUGGCCGCUGCUACGUGCUGAGUGAGGACCUGACAGAACGGGACGACCUGGAUGGGGGCGAGUGGAAGUUCUGUGAGGGGAGGCCGCAGGGCCACGAGCAGUUUGGCUUCUGCCAGCAGGGCCUGGCUGCCAGCUUCACCCCUGACAAAAACUUCAUCCUCUUUGGGGCUCCUGGCACUUAUAACUGGAAAGGAGAGCUGCGUGUCCAGCUCCUCAAUCAGUCACUGCUGGAUCUGGGUUACUACGACGACGGGCCCUAUGAGGUGGCGGGCGAGAAAGAGCAGAAUGCACAGCUGAUCCCAGUGCCCUACCACAGCUACCUGGGGCUCUUGUUCAUGGCUAGCCCAGUCGAGGAUGCACUGGUGUACAAAACUCUGGAGCCGUCCAACCGUCCUACCAUCUUUGAGGAUGUAGCUCAGAAUAGCUACUUAGGGUUCUCUGUAGACUCUGCUAAAGGGGUGAUGACUCAUGAGGAGUUGACCUUUGUGGCGGGGGCUCCGCGAGCCAAUCACACUGGGGCAGUGGUGCUGCUCCGCAAGGACAAUGUGUACCGCCUGGUGCCCCAGUACAUCCUGUGGGGCGAGGAGCUGGCGUCCUCUUUCGGCUACUCUGUGGCCACCGCUGACAUCGACCAUGAUGGCUGGACAGAUCUGAUUAUUGGAGCCCCCAACUUCUUUGAUCGUAAGGCAGAGAUAGGGGGAGCAGUAUAUGUGUACCUGAACCCAUCGGGUCACUGGGGACAGGCCAGACCCAUUCGGCUGAAUGGCUCAUAUGACUCCAUGUUCGGAGUGACUGUCAAUAGCCUGGGUGACCUGGAUCAGGAUGGCUUCGAAGACAUUGCUGUUGGAGCACCAUUUGAUGGUGACGGCAAAGUGUUCAUCUAUCGUGGCUCCUCUUCUGGCAUUGUUACCAAGCCUUCCCAGGUUCUGGAUGGCGUAAGUGUAGGUGUGAAGCGAUUCGGCUACUCGAUUUCAGGGGGUCUGGACAUAGACGGAAACUCCUACCCUGACGUUGCAGUGGGGUCCCUGAAUGAUCAGGUGAUUCUUUUCAGGGCUCGCCCCGUCAUUCAUGUGAAAUGCAACAUCAUAAUUGAGCCCCACAACAUUGACCUGGAGCAACAGAACUGCAAAGGCAGAGAUGGGGUGUGUGUGGAAAUAAACGUGUGCUUCACGUACACUGCACACCCGAAGUCAUACUCACCACACAUCACACUGGGUGUGCACUUUGAGGCUGAUGCGGAGCUCAGGAAGUUGAACCUGCCCCAUCGCGUCAACUUCCUGGGCCGUAGUUCAACAGAGGUCGAGUACAUGCAUUUUCUGGAGGUGGUGCUCCGUGGCCAGGACCGCCCGGCUUGCCAGGUUGCUACCUUCCAGCUGCAGGAGAACCUUCGAGACAAGCUGCGUCCUAUCUCUCUGACCAUCACGCACACCAUCAAACGAACACAGCACCACAGACACGCUACUGCCCCGGAGCUGGUGGAGCUGUCUCCCGUGCUGAGCCCUGCAAUCUCCAACAUUCUGCACACUGAGGUUAAUUUCCUGAGGGAGGGAUGUGGGGAUGACAAAAUCUGUCAGAGCAACCUACAGCUGAGCUACCAGUUUGGCACUCGUCCCCCAGCGUCUGGCCUUUUCAUCCCUCUGCCCACAGAUGAGGACGGAGUGCCGGUGUUCUUACUGUCUGACCGGAUGCCAUUAGCCCUGGAGGUGACAGUCACCAACAUGCCGUCCGACCCCCUGGAGCCUGAGAAAGAUGGAGAUGAUGCCCACACUGCCCAGCUACUGGUGUCCCUUCCAGAGACUCUGUCAUACUCUGGAAUUAGACCAGAACAGGUGGUGUGUCAGACCAAUCAGAAUGGCUCACAAGUAGACUGUGAGCUGGGAAACCCCUUGAAGAGAGAUGCCAAGCUAAAACUCUACAUUAUCUUCAGCACCUCUGGAAUCACCAUAGAAACCACUGACUUGUCUGUUGAUCUCCUACUGGCAACUAUCAGUGAGCAGCCCGAUUUGGCCCCAGUCACAGCCCAUGCUAAAGUAGUGAUAGAGCUCCCUCUGUCUGUCAGUGGGCUGGCGCGCCCACACCAGUUGUUUUUCAGCGGGACGGUGAAGGGUGAGAGCGCCAUGGAAACUGUGGCAGAUGUUGGGAGUGCGGUGGAGUUUGAGUUCACGGUGAACAACCCUGGGAAGCCCCUGCAGACAUUUGGCUCUGCCUUUUUGAACAUCAUGUGGCCCCAUGAACUGGACAAUGGGAAGUGGCUCCUGUAUGCCACAGGGCUGCACUUUGAAGGUCACCCAAAAACACAUUGCCACGCCUCGAUUAACCCAUUGGGACUCACUCCCAACAAUCAUCCCCAGGCUGCACAUCUUGUGGCCCGAAGGAAGGGACGGUCCCACCCGGAGAAAGAAGGGCAGCCGGUGACGAAGAGCAGCGUGGAUAGGACCGCGCCUGCGGUGGCUGCCUCAGAGAGGAGGAAGUCCCUGAAGCUGGACUGCCUCCUGGGCUCAGCGCGCUGCAUGCUCAUCCAGUGUCCGCUGCACAGCUUCUCUGGCUUUGCCGUCCUCAAAAUCCAGGCCCGACUGUGGAACAGCACCUUUCUUGAGGAGUUCUCCUCAGUCAGUGCUCUGGAGAUGCUGGUGAGAGCCAACAUUACAGUCAAAUCCACCAUCAAGCACCUGGCACUGAGAGAUGCAGCAUCGCAGGUUACUGUGAUGGUCUACCCAGAGCAUGGGCUUGCAGAUCAAUACUGGAUCCCUUGGUGGAUCAUCCUUAUCGCCAUCCUGGCUGGUAUUUUUGUCCUGGCACUGCUGGUCUGCAUACUGUGGAAGUGUGGGUUUUUCCGAAGGGCUCAGUACAAAGACACCGUGCCCCAGUACCACGCUGUGAAGAUUCCCCGCCAGGAUCGCCCACAGUUCCAGGAUGAGAAGACAGGAACAUUACACAAGAAGGAGUGGGCCACCCACUGGAGUGACGGCACAUCAUGAAUGUAUACACACAUACAUACACACACACACUCCACACUGACUCACUCAUUUAACAGAGUACACACCAACAGACUCGAAAAUGGGAAAAUGACUGCACAAGGCAUACCAACUGCACUAGCACCAUGUCCUGUACAUACACAGCAUUGAUGUGUCCAGAACACUCUCUGUGAUGUACCUGCUGACUACAGUAAGUGACAUACUGGGCAUGUUGCAGCCAUUGUUUUUUUGUGAACUGUCACUAGUUCUUCUACUCACAUAGACCACUAUGUAUCAAACUGCAAUGUAUCUAUACAUCUAUACACUGAUGGACUGAUGUAAAAAGCGCACUGAAACCCUAACUAACAUGCACUGAUACUCGCCGUAUGCUUCGUAUUCCUACUGUAUAGACUGACUGAUUCACUGACCGAUGGAGACUGGUGGCCACCACAGUCAUAGACUGAGAAGGAGCCGGCCUCCUGCCCCACACACACUGACUCCCCCAAUCACAUGUACACAGAUCAACCUACAGGGAGAAAAAGGGAAGGAAUGGCAUACACUGCUGAGACACAGAAAGACGAUGUCAAUAUCUGCCAAGCCAAAUCACAGACCAAAAUGCCUUUCCAGAUAUACACACAAACAUAAACACACACACACACACACACAGAUGCAAACAUGCACACAUAUAC